AAAAAAGUGCUAAAUGACCGCAUAAGCCGAGCUCAUCGAUUAUUUUUCGUCGUCCCUGUCGAUAACAGAUGGCACAGUUUUCGCAAAACAUUAAUUGAUUUCAUCGUAAUGCAACAUUUUAGGCAAUUGUUCUAGAACGGAUCUAUUAUGCAUGCGGUAACACGGACCAGUGAGGUCUUAGGCAUUUAGGUAGAGUGACGAGUUAUUGAGUUGAAUUGGUGAUAGAAUAAGAACCAUUCUCGUGAGAACACUCGAAGCGUCUAGUCGAAUCAUUGUACAGUCAUUGUGAAGUCAUUGUUAAACUAGAAAUUUCUUUGUAAUUUUUGAAAGCAACUAUUACGUCGCCGGUUUUAACUAACUAUGAAACUGCAUACUGGUGUUUUACGAAAUUCGCUACGGCAAACAAUGUCUGAACGUCAAGUUCCUGUAUUUGUCCGAAAUCUUCUGAAUGAGAUCAGCGAAAAAAAUGGCUUCGCAAAUCCUACAAUGAGGUUCGAAAAUGGUUCAAAUCCUGGAGACGGUUUCACCAGCAAUAUUGUUCGGGCAAUCAUUUCGGAACGAAAUACUGAUAAGAAUCUGCGUCUGGUGUACAAAUUAGCUCCGGAAAAUAAAAGUCAACGAAAUGGAUUCAACUCCAGCUUUACAUUUGCCAACGAAGCGAAUUUUUACAACAAACUGAUGCCAAUUUUCACCAAAUUCCAAGUCGAAAAGAAUCUUCCGAAGGAAAAUCAAUUUUCGUUGAUCCCGAAAUGCUACGCUGCUGUGGCCGACGACAACAAAGAAGAGUACGCCCUGAUAUUCGAAGAUCUGCGCUCACAAGGCUUUAGUAUGUGGGACAGAUCAAAGGCGUGCCCGGUUGAAAACAUCCGGCUUGGAAUCCGUGAGAUUGGCAAAUUUCACGCCAUUUCCAUUGCAAUGAAAGACCAACAUCCGGAUAGAUUUGCUGAAUUCAAAAAACUCACGGAAAUUGCCGAAAAAUUCUUGGACACUCCAGAUUUGCUGCAAAUGUUUGAUACUUCCUUCGAACGGAGUAUUUCAGUGCUGAAAUCGGAUGAGCACAAGGAUAUCUACCGUCAGAUCAGGACAAAUAUCAAGAAGCAUUUUGUGGACUGUUUCGAGGAAAAACCGCAUGCUCAGUUUGGGGUUAUGUCACAUGGCGACUUUUGGACCAACAAUUGCGUGUACCGCUUCGUGAACGAUACGGACAUCGCCAACGACAUUCGCAUUUUGGAUUGGCAAACAGUUGGAUACACAACACCAGCCAUCGAUGUACUGUUCAGCCUGUUCAUUUCAACGGAUAAAGCGCUUCGUGACACCGAAUAUCAGAAUUUGCUUCGUUUGUACUACCAGACCCUGUCGCAAACGGUCAAAUUACUUGGAAGCAAUCCGGACAAAUUGUUCACUUUCGAAAACUUGCAAAGCGAAUUGAAAAGAGUCGGCAGUUUUGUGCUGCUUGUGGCUCCAUUCUAUAAGCAAUUGUCUCACGCAAAGGCUACCGAACUUACGAACUGGAACGUGAUGUGCGACAAUGUGGGUCAAGGUGGCGAACAGCAGGAACUGUACACACUAUUGAGCGAGGCGGGAAAACGCGCCUACGAGCGAACCUUAAAUGAUGUCGUCGGUGACGUUGUUCGAAUGGGAUACUAUCGGAAUUGAAAGUUGUAAGUUUUUGUUUGCUGUAGGGGAGAAGAAUGGCGGCAGAUAAUUUUUGUUUUGUAAUUUCAACUAGAGUAACGGUAGUGUCGCUUUCCAUAAUUGUAAAUUUCUUUUGUGAUCACUCGACCGCCAUUACGCUGUAAAGUGGGUGGAACAACACAUUUAUUUCGCUAUUUUUAAUCUUUAAAUUUGUUUUGUAUUAUUUUGUAAAUGAUGUGACACAAAUAAAGUGAAAAUUU